UAGGGCUAGUAUGUCUUUAGUCCUUAGCACAGUCUAUGGAACAGCUGCAAAUUGGACUGGUGAAAUGUUUCAUUUCUUCUAUUCAAGUAGAAAAUCAGGGUGCACACAAAGGCAGUCUUGUUCUCCAUGACAAAUCAGAGUGCUGAAAUGACAAAACGCCAGUGUCAUUUGCUGUCACACAGCAGGAGCUGCCGCACGGACACUUUCCCGUAUCCAGGGUCACACCGCAAGAAUAAAAGGAGAAGUCCUAAAAACAGACAGACUGGAGUCUGCAGAGCUCUGAAUAUUCACAGAAGAACACUCAAGGCCGCCUUGCUGAAGUCUCUGCAGAGUCUCUAUCACAGAGGGCUUUGGGAACUUAUCCAAGUCUCUGAGAGGAAAGCAACAGAUGCCAGUCUGCAAGUUCCACUAACUAGUAUUCCCGGAGACACUCAUAUCCUUCAGAUUCAGCAGAAUAACCAGGACCAUGGACGUGCCUGGUAUCAACACCACCUCAGCCAAUACCACCUUCUCCCCUGGGACCAGCACCCUGUGCAUCAGAGACUACAAGAUCACCCAGGUUCUCUUCCCAUUGCUCUACACCAUCCUGUUCUUUGCUGGGCUCAUCACGAACAGCUUGGCAAUGAGGAUUUUCUUUCAGAUCCGCAGUAAAUCCAACUUCAUCAUUUUUCUUAAGAACACGGUCAUCUCUGAUCUACUAAUGAUUCUAACUUUUCCAUUUAAAAUUCUUAGUGAUGCUAAACUGGGAGCCGGGCCUCUGAGAACCUUGGUGUGCCAAGUUACUUCAGUCACGUUUUAUUUUACAAUGUAUAUCAGUAUAUCGUUCCUGGGGUUGAUAACCAUUGACCGCUACCUGAAGACCACCAGGCCAUUUAAAACGUCCAGCCCCAGCAAUCUCUUGGGUGCAAAGAUUCUUUCUGUUGUCAUCUGGGCCUUCAUGUUCUUAAUUUCACUGCCUAACAUGAUUCUCACCAACAGGAGGCCAAGAGAUAAGGACGUAACGAAAUGUUCUUUCUUAAAGUCAGAGUUUGGUCUAGUCUGGCACGAAAUAGUCAAUUACAUCUGCCAAGUCAUUUUCUGGAUUAAUUUUUUAAUUGUCAUCGUUUGCUAUAGCCUCAUUACCAAAGAACUCUAUCGGUCUUAUGUCAGAACAAGGGGUUCAGCCAAAGUUCCCAAGAAAAAGGUAAAUGUCAAGGUUUUUAUCAUCAUUGCUGUAUUCUUUAUUUGCUUUGUUCCCUUCCAUUUUGCACGGAUUCCCUACACCCUGAGCCAAACUCGGGCUGUCUUUGACUGCAGUGCUGAGAACACUCUGUUCUAUGUGAAGGAGAGCACCCUAUGGCUGACGUCACUGAACGCCUGCCUCGAUCCAUUCAUCUACUUUUUUCUUUGCAAGUCUUUCAGAAAUUCCUUGACAAGCAUGCUGAGGUGCUCAAACUCUACAUCAACAUCUGGAGCAAACAAGAAGAAAGGACAGGAAGGUGGCGAACCAAGCGAGGAGACCCCAAUGUAGAACAUUACCCAAGGGGCUGCUUCAGUCUUUAAUAUCCAGACUGCUCCAAGGAAAUCACCACACAAAUAUAUUAACAUUCACUAAAAAGAAGCUGAGUUAAUGACUCUUUAAAUAAUCAAUAAAGUAAGAAAAUAAUUUUUAACUACUUUUUCUGUACAUAUAUGGGAAAAAUCUUAGUCUGCAGGUGUAUUUUAAAAUGAAGUGUAUCCCAUUGCUAUACUGCAGGCAAACCACACACACACACAAAAUCAUUUAUCUGAUUUCUACAAAAUUAGCAACAUGAAGUGUAAUAAUCAUUGUCAUUUUAAAAUAAAUUACCAAUAAUAAUAUUAUUUUUAUAAUAAGUGAGAAAUUAUGUAUGAUCUGAUACAUCAAACACAGUAAUUACCAACUUCCCAUUUAUAACAAGGAUAACAACCAAACCAAAGGAACUUAAAUCAAAUGAAAUGACAAUGGAUAAGGCCUGAAUUAUUAUAAACGAACAUUAGGAUGGUAGAGGUUUAAAAGGCAAAUCUUACCAUAAAGAACAGACAUGAUGAAUAAAAUGAUUAACUUAACAAAAGUACACAUUCAUAACAUUCUAAUAUUAAAAAUAUUUACUCCUUCCUUAACACUAGAGACAGCAAUUUUACUAAGGGUCUGAGUUUACCAGGUACAGUGCCAUUAUCGGUAUUUAUCUGCUAACUAGCUUUGAAAAUGCCUGCUGCUUGAAUGAACAGAACACUUCUUAAUAAGAAAACCUAAGUAACUAUAAUUACCAAAUUACACAUCACAUCUACCAAUAAGAAAAAGAUUGAACUACUUGAGAUUACCUGCUUGUAAUCAUGUGUAUAAUAUUAAAAUGCAUUUAUUCUGUA